CUCAACCCACUAUUGCUGCAGAAUUCGGCUAGACACAAAAAAGAGGCGCGGAGGUCGUGACGGCAUUCGCUGCCUCCCUUCAGCAAAUGAGCCUGAUUCCUUGGCGUGCAGCGGUGAGUGGGAGCUCCCCUCCAUUGUAAAUACUGGCGUAUUCCCAAUGCGCCCUUUCUCUCCAACUUGGACCACUUUUCUUUUUUUUUGGAAGUUUACACCCCGCUCUUGACAAUGGUUGUUGCGAUUUGGAACAAGUCUCUUCUCGCGGCUUUUCUAGUCGCUUCGCUCGGGGUCUACGGCCUGCUCCUACCGGCGGAGCAGACGUUUCCCGGGCGGCUGCCCCGCCUGGAUCCGAGCCCCGCCCCGACGCUCGCCGCUGUGGCGAUCCCCGAACUUUUUGGACGCGACAACAGCGAAACCUGCGCCUAUCUCUGGGGAUCCACGGAGUAUGGGAUUUCUUGCGAUGCUGGAUAUACCUGCAGCACCAACCCCACAGGGAGCGUGUUUCACUGCUGCACAACUGGGUCGGGCAGCUGCUUCAUGCCGAGCGCAUGCCUUGACUACACAGCCUACCAGAGCGGCCUCUGUAGCGGCAUGGGCGCGUCGACGGCCUGCUGCUCCGACAGCAACACCCCAUAUUGCACCGGAGUUAUCCUAGUAGAUAAACCCAGCGUGUCGUUGGUGGGUUGCUUCAGCACAAAGACCUACCUCCCCUUGUACGCCAACCCGACCGAACCCACCACAACCUCCCCGACCAUAACACGCACGUCAAUCACAUCUCCAGAGUCAACGACACCCUCUCCCACUCCCACUCCCACUACCACGUCCACGCCCACGCCCACUCCCACACCCACUCAACCAACGAGCAAAAACAGCACCCCAGUCGGCGCCAUCGUCGGAGGCACCAUCGGCGGCGUCGCAGUCAUCGCCAUCAUCGCGGGCCUGAUAGCAUGGAUCAUCAUCAAGACCCGCAGAGGAGGAGGAGCGGGAGCCGACCAACCGGGCCAGGCCGCGCCGCCGACGCCGCUGCCGCCCAUGACCGGAGGAGCACCUCCAUACGGAGGACACGCGUCGUACAUUGACCCGCGGGCCAGCGUGGCCGCCAAGUCGCCCCACGAGAGCGUGUAUUACAGCUCGUCGGUGGGGAGUCCCGUGGCGGGUAGUGACCGGGGCAGCGUUGCGUUUGGGGGGUUUUAUCCGCAGAUGCAGGCGCAGCAGCAGGCGCAGCAGCAACCGGGCCCUCAGCCCGUUGUUGGCGCCGCGCAGCAGGGCCAGGUGUAUGAUUUCCCGCAGCACCGGCCGGGGCUGUACGCGUCCGAGAUGUCGGGAGGUACUCUCUAGCCUGUUGGAUGAGCGGGUUGGCAGUGGAUGGGGGACGUGCCAGUGAUUCGUUUCGGCGGAGUUUGAGGUGCAGUUCUAAGGAUAGUACCGAUGGGAUACCCGUGCUUGGAAACAUUUAAAUCGCUUAUUCUAGAC